AUGAAGACUUCUUGGAGUUUAUUUGCUUGUUAUGGAACCUCCUAUAUAGGGGGAAAAAAGGCUUUUGGGGAGAACUUUGGACAAGUCGUAGCUAGUAAUAAGUCUCCUUGGCUUAUUUGUGGUGAUCGCAAUGAGGUGGUGGAUGUCUCAGAAAAACAAGGAGGCCGAGGUAUUUGGAAAAGAAGGUUGUUCCUGAAGGAGUUUAUGGAGAAUGUGGGAGGUAUUGAUCUGGGUUUUAAUGGAGAGAGGUAUACCUGGACUAAUGGUCAAACUGAUCAAGCAGCUGUAAAAGAAAGAUUAGAUAGAGCUAUUGCAAACAAAGAUUGGCUUGAAGCUAAUCCUCUUGCUUUCGUUGAGUACCUCAAUUUCGAGGAGUCGAAUCACUGUCCGUUUGUUAUCCGAUCAGAAGGAGCUAAGAACAAAUGUAAUAGGACUUUUGGAUUCUUCAAAGCUUGGACUGAUCAAACAAGCUACAAAGUGGUUAAGAAAGCCUGA